AUGUUGCUUGCUGUGUGUUUGGAUGCGAAUCAACAAGUUUUACCACUUGCGUAUGCAAUUGUUGAUGAAGAGACCGCAAGUGCAUGGAAGUGGUUUUUCAAAUGCAUUGACAAACAUUUACUUUCGGGCAUAUCGGAUGGUAUUUGUAUAAUUUCGGAUCGAGGAACCGGUAUUUUAAGUGCCAUCGAUUCAAUGCCCGAGUUUCGGCCCCCUCGUAUCACCCAUCGAUUUUGUUUGAGGCAUGUUUGUUCAAAUGUCAACGCCAAGUUUAAGAGCAUUGUGGUGAAAGAUUUUUGUUACGCUGCUGGAAAACAAUCUCAGGUUUGGAAGCUGAACCGGUAUUUGGACAAGAUUGGGGAGGAAAAUCCCAAUGCACUCAGAUACUUGAUGAACAUGGAUCGAGAAAAGUGGACUUUAGCACAUGAUGGAGGGUCUCGACGCGGUCAGUUGACGACCAACUUGUCCGAGUCCAUCAAUGGUGCUUUGAAAGGUGCUCGUAAACUGCCUGUCACAGCUAUUGUGGAUUUUACAUUUCAUCGAGUGGUUAAGCACUUUAUUAAUCGAGUAGCGAAAGGUAAUAAAUGGGAGCAAUUGGGACAACGAUGGGCCGAAUUUCCAUUGAAGAAGUUCAAAUUAUGGGAGGAACAUUCGACGACACAUUACAUGAGAAGGUUCAACACUCGCAACUACGCUGGUGAGGUAUUCACCAGGGCAAAACCUCAAGGAGGUGGAGGAAAAACACAUUGUGUCGAUCUUAGGGCCAAAGAAUGCUCGUGUAAUAAGUGGACCUUGUUUGGGAUUCCUUGUUCUCAUGUGCAACAUGUAUGUCGUGAUUUCCGUUUGGAUGCCGAAACUUUGGUUGCCGAGUACUACAGUGUUAGAAACCAUAAGAACACAUAUAGUGGCGUGUUUCACCCUUUGCUGCCUGAAAUGUGCUGGGCGGAUGCAGAUUUUGAGCUAUUUCACGAUGUUACCCUACGGAAAGCUACACGACGGGGUAGGCCAGAAAGUUCUCGUAUUCGUAACGAAAUGGACCGACCACAAGCACGUGCUAGAAGAAAAUCUCGGGCAACACAAGAAUCACACUAG